GCCCUCCCUGGCGGGGCCCCGCGGCCUGGAAGCUGGAGCGGGCCGAGCCGCCACCGCGGCCGGAGCUGUCCCUUAGCCAGACCCGGCGAGACACGAGCGGCGGGAGGGAGGCGGUGGCGCGCCCGGCCCCGCCCGCCCGACCAAGCGUCGGACGCGGCCCGGCGCCGAGCCAUGGAGCCUGAGCCAGUGGAGGACUGUGUGCAGAGCACUCUCGCCGCCCUGUAUCCACCCUUUGAGGCAACAGCCCCCACCCUGUUGGGCCAGGUGUUCCAGGUGGUGGAGAGGACUUAUCGGGAGGACGCACUGAGGUACACGCUGGACUUCCUGGUACCAGCCAAGCACCUGCUUGCCAAGGUCCAGCAGGAAGCCUGUGCCCAAUACAGUGGAUUCCUCUUCUUCCAUGAGGGGUGGCCGCUCUGCCUGCAUGAACAGGUGGUGGUGCAGCUAGCAGCCCUACCCUGGCAACUGCUGCGCCCAGGAGACUUCUAUCUGCAGGUGGUGCCCUCAGCUGCCCAAGCACCACGACUAGCACUCAAGUGUCUGGCCCCUGGGGGUGGGCGGGUGCAGGAGGUUCCUGUGCCCAAUGAGGCUUGUGCCUACCUAUUCACACCUGAGUGGCUACAAGGCAUCAACAAGGACCGGCCAACAGGUCGCCUCAGUACCUGCCUACUGUCUGCGCCCUCUGGGAUUCACCGGCUGCCCUGGGCUGAGCUCAUCUGUCCACGAUUUGUGCACAAAGAGGGCCUCAUGGUUGGACAUCAGCCAAGUACACUGCCCCCAGAACUGCCCUCUGGACCUCCAGGGCUUCCCAGCCCUCCACUUCCUGAGGAGGCGCUGGGUACCCGGAGUCCUGGGGAUGGGCACAAUGCCCCUGUGGAAGGACCUGAGGGCGAGUAUGUGGAGCUGUUAGAGGUGACGCUGCCCGUGAGGGGGAGCCCAACAGAUGCUGAAGGCUCCCCGGGCCUCUCCAGAGUCCGGACGGUACCCACCCGCAAGGGCGCUGGAGGGAAGGGCCGCCACCGGAGACACCGGGCGUGGAUGCACCAGAAGGGCCUGGGGCCUCGGGACCAGGAUGGAGCACGCCCACCCGGCGAGGGGAGCAGCACCGGAGCCUCCCCUGAGUCCCCCCCAGGAGCUGAGGCUGUCCCAGAGGCAGCAGUCUUCGAGGUGUCUGAGCCCCCAGCAGAGGCUGUGGGAGAAGCCUCCGAAUCUUGCCCCCUGAGGCCAGGGGAGCUUAGAGGAGGAGGAGGAGGAGGCCAGGGGGCUGAAGGACCACCUGGUACCCCUCGGAGAACAGGCAAAGGAAACAGAAGAAAGAAGCGAGCUGCAGGUCGAGGGGCUCUUAGCCGAGGAGGGGACAGUGCCCCACUGAGCCCUGGGGACAAGGAAGAUGCCAGCCACCAAGAAGCCCUUGGCAAUCUGCCCUCACCAAGUGAGCACAAGCUUCCAGAAUGCCACCUGGUUAAGGAGGAAUAUGAAGGCUCAGGGAAGCCAGAAUCUGAGCCAAAAGAGCUCAAAACAGCAGGCAAGAAAGAGCCUCAGCCCUCUGAAGCCUGUGGGCCUACAGAAGAGGGGGCCGGAGAGAGAGAGCUGGAGGGGCCAGGCCUGCUGUGUAUGGCAGGACACACAGGCCCAGAAGGCCUCCUGUCUGACACUCCAACACCUCCGCUAGAGACUGUGCAGGAAGGAAAAGGGGACAACAUUCCAGAAGAGGCCCUUGCAGUCUCCGUCUCUGAUCACCCUGAUGUAGCUUGGGACUUGAUGGCAUCUGGAUUCCUCAUCCUGACGGGAGGGGUGGACCAGAGUGGGCGAGCUCUGCUGACCAUUACCCCACCGUGCCCUCCUGAGGAGCCCCCACCCUCCCGAGACACGCUGAACACAACUCUUCAUUACCUCCACUCACUGCUCAGGCCUGAUCUACAGACACUGGGGCUGUCCGUCCUGCUGGACCUUCGCCAGGCACCUCCACUGCCUCCAGCACUGAUUCCUGUCUUGAGCCAACUUCAGGACUCAGGAGAUCCUCCCCUUGUUCAGCGGCUGCUGAUUCUCAUUCAUCAUGACCUUCCAACUGAACUCUGUGGAUUUCAGGGUGCUGAGGUGCUGUCAGAGAAUGAUCUGAAAAGAGUGGCCAAGCCAGAGGAGCUGCAGUGGGAGUUAGGAGGUCACAGGGACCCCUCUCCCAGUCACUGGGUAGAGAUACACCAGGAAGUGGUAAGGCUAUGUCGCCUGUGCCAAGGUGUGCUGGGCUCGGUACGGCAGGCCAUUGAGGAGCUGGAGGGAGCAGCAGAGCCAGAGGAAGAGGAGGCAGUGGGAAUGCCCAAGCCACUGCAGAAGGUGCUGGCAGAUCCCCGGCUGACGGCACUGCAGAGGGAUGGGGGGGCCAUCCUGAUGAGGCUGCGCUCCACUCCCAGCAGCAAGCUGGAGGGCCAAGGCCCAGCUACACUGUAUCAGGAAGUGGACGAGGCCAUUCACCAGCUUGUGCGCCUCUCCAACCUGCACGUGCAGCAGCAAGAGCAGCGGCAGUGCCUGCGGCGACUCCAGCAGGUGUUGCAGUGGCUCUCGGGCCCAGGAGAGGAGCAGCUGGCAAGCUUUGCUCUGCCUGGGGACACCUUGUCUGCCCUGCAGGAGACAGAGCUGCGAUUCCGGGCUUUCAGCGCUGAGGUCCAGGAGCGCCUGGCCCAGGCACGGGAGGCCCUGGCUCUGGAGGAGAAUGCCACCUCCCAGAAGGUGCUGGAUAUCUUUGAACAGCGGCUGGAGCAGGUUGAGAGUGGCCUCCAUCGGGCCCUGCGGCUACAGCGCUUCUUCCAGCAGGCACAUGAAUGGGUGGAUGAGGGCUUUGCUCGGCUGGCAGGAGCUGGGCCAGGUCGGGAGGCUGUGCUGGCUGCACUGGCCCUGCGGCGGGCCCCAGAGCCCAGUGCCGGCACCUUCCAGGAGAUGCGGGCCCUGGCCCUGGACCUGGGCAGCCCAGCAGCCCUACGAGAAUGGGGCCGCUGCCGGGCCCGCUGCCAAGAGCUGGAGAGGAGGAUUCAGCAACACCUGGGAGAGGAGGCGAGCCCACGGGGCUACCGACGACGGCGGGCAGACAGUGCCAGCAGUGGAGGGGCCCAGUGGGGGCCCCGCAGCCCCUCGCCCAGCCUCAGCUCCUUGCUGCUCCCCAGCAGCCCUGGGCCACGGCCAGCCCCAUCCCAUUGCUCCCUGGCCCCAUGUGGAGAGGACUAUGAGGAAGAGGGCCCUGAGCUGGCUCCAGAAGCAGAGGGCAGGCCCCCAAGAGCUGUGCUGAUCCGAGGCCUGGAGGUCACCAGCACUGAGGUGGUAGACAGGACGUGCUCACCACGGGAACACGUGCUGCUGGGCCGGGCUGGGGGGCCAGACGGACCCUGGGGAGUAGGCACCCCCCGGAUGGAGCGCAAGCGAAGCAUCAGUGCCCAGCAGCGGCUGGUGUCUGAGCUGAUUGCCUGUGAACAAGAUUACGUGGCCGCCUUGAGUGAGCCAGUGCCACCCCCUGGGCCUGAGCUGACUCCUGAACUUCGGGGCACCUGGGCUGCUGCCCUGAGUGCCCGGGAAAGGCUUCGCAGCUUCCACCGGACACACUUUCUGCGGGAGCUUCAGGGUUGCGCCACCCACCCCCUACGCAUUGGGGCCUGCUUCCUUCGCCACGGGGACCAGUUCAGCCUUUAUGCACAGUACGUGAAGCACCGACACAAACUGGAGAAUGGUCUGGCUGCGCUCAGUCCCUCAAGCAAGGGCUCCAUGGAGGCUGGCCCUUACCUGCCCCGAGCCCUGCAGCAGCCUCUGGAACAGCUGACUCGGUAUGGGCGGCUCCUGGAGGAGCUCCUGAGGGAAGCUGGGCCUGAGCUCAGUUCUGAGCGCCAGGCCCUUGGGGCUGCUGUACAGCUGCUCCGGGAACAAGAGGCCCGUGGCAGAGACCUGCUGGCCGUGGAGGCGGUGCGUGGCUGUGAGAUAGAUCUGAAGGAGCAGGGACAGCUCUUGCAUCGAGACCCCUUCACUGUCAUCUGUGGCCGAAAGAAGUGCCUUCGCCAUGUCUUUCUCUUUGAGCAUCUCCUCCUGUUCAGCAAGCUCAAGGGCCCUGAAGGGGGGUCAGAGACAUUUGUUUACAAGCAGGCCUUUAAGACUGCUGACAUGGGGCUGACAGAAAACAUCGGGGACAGCGGACUCUGCUUUGAGUUGUGGUUUCGGCGGCGGCGUGCACGAGAGGCAUACACUCUGCAGGCAACCUCACCAGAGAUCAAACUCAAGUGGACAAGUUCUAUUGCCCAGCUGCUGUGGAGACAGGCAGCCCACAACAAGGAGCUCCGAGUGCAGCAGAUGGUGUCCAUGGGCAUUGGGAAUAAACCCUUCCUGGACAUCAAAGCCCUUGGGGAGCGGACGCUGAGUGCCCUGCUCACUGGAAGAGCCGCCCGCACCCGGGCCUCCGUGGCCGUGUCAUCCUUUGAGCAUGCCGGCCCCUCCCUUCCCGGCCUUUCGCCGGGAGCCUGCUCCCUGCCUGCCCGCGUCGAGGAGGAGGCCUGGGAUCUGGACGUCAAGCAAAUUUCCCUGGCUUCCCCUUCAGCCCCAGAAACACUUGACUCUUCUGGAGAUGUGUCCCCAGGACCAAGAAACAGCCCCAGCCUGCAACCCCCCCACCCUGGGAGCAGCACUCCCACCCUGGCCAGUCGAGGGAUCUUAGGGCUAUCCCGACAGAGUCAUGCUCGAGCCCUGAGUGACCCCACCACGCCUCUGUGACCUGGAGAAGAUCCAGAACUUGCGUGCAGCUUCUCCUCUCAGCACACUUUGGGCUGGGAUGGCAGUGGGGCAUAAUGGAGCACUGGGCGAUCACUGAAUUUCUUCCCUCUGCUUCCUGGACACAGAGGAGGUCUAACGACCAAGAGUAUUGCCCUGCCACCACUAUCUCUAGUCUCCCUAGCUUGGUGCCUUCUCCUGCAGGAGUCAGAGCAGCCACAUUGCUUGCCUUCAUACCCUGGAGGUGGGGAAGUUAUCCCUCUUCCGGUGCUUUCCCAUCCUGGGCCACUGUAUCCAGGACAUCACUCCCAUGCCAGCCCUCCCUGGCAGCCCAUGUUCUCCUCUUUUCUCACCCCCUGACUUUCCCUGAGAAGAAUCAUCUCUGCCAGGUCAACUGGAGUUCCUGGUGACUCCAUUCUGAGGUGUCACAAGAAAUGAAGCUAUGCAAACAAUAGGAGGGUGCGACAGGGGAACCGUAGACUUUAUAUAUGUAAUUACUGUUAUUAUAAUACUAUUGUUAUAUUAAAUGUAUUUACUCACA